GGGUUUGUCGCCGCUUGUAAACAAAGUAAACUGGGUCUCGUUAAAUGAUUAAAUCUUUAAUUGAAACACCUAUCAAAUCGUUCUUUUAUCUAUUUAAAUGAACCUGAUAACUGCCAAAUCGCAUUAAUUAAGACCGAUUGCACUGCUCAGUAAAGUUAAGAUAAACCAACAUGGAUCGGGCUAGCUUAUAUUUUAUGAGCAAAGAUGAUAAGAAUACGUUUGAUUUCGACGAGACGCUACCCUCGCUUCCUCUCCCGGAUCUGAAGGACACUUUAGAGCGCUACUAUGCCUGCAUCCAACCUUUUGGAACUAAGGCGGAGUUGGCUCAGGCUAGGAAGACCAUUGAUGAGUUCCAGCAUGGAGUGGGCGCCGAGCUGCAUGAAAAGCUUAAGAAGAGAGCGGCCAAUAUGAGGAACUGGUUGGGUACGUGGUGGGAGGACUACGGAUACCACCCAAUUAGGAUGCCUCUUCUACCAUACCAACUUAUGGUCAUGCCCGCACAACUAGAGAUGGUUGGCGUUCCUGAGACCCCGGAAUACAUGCUUAAGAGCUUGGCACGGCACAUUCACCAUACGCUUGAGUUUUGGGAUCUGACGCGGAAGUCUAUUAUCAAGCCGCUUUCCUCUAACGGCGGCAAGAUCAAGUACUCCUCUGCGCUGUAUAAGCGGUUCUUCUCUACAUGCCGCAUUCCAGGCGAGGAGCAGGAUCACAUCGAGAAACACUUCCUUACCAAGGACGAGGGCAAGACGCCCACUCACGUCUUGAUCUCUGGUAAAGGACGCCAAUUCAUCCUUGAUUGCGUGCACGAGGACGACACUAUCCUAACGGCUCCUGAGAUUCUGGUAGUCUUGCAGCGAUUGCGCAGCAUCCUAGAUUAUGAGCCGGUUGGCGACUGUGUUCCCACUCUGAGUCAUGACGAUCGCACCACGUGGGCGCGCAACCGCAACCGUUUGAGAGAAAUCUCCGAGGCCAAUAAGGAAACACUUCUGUUGGUCGAGAGCGCCAGCAUGGAAAUUUGCUGGUACGAGCAAUCGCCCAAAGACUAUGAGGAGUCCUCGCAGCUUGGUCUUUUUGGAGAUCUCCAUUCCCGCUGGGCAGAUCGCAGCAGCAGCAUCAUUGCCUUCCGCAACGGACGCAGCAAUUGGGCUGGUGAGCACAGCUGCUACGAUGGCACAGUUAGCAUCAGUUUCGCCACCUUCAUGCAAUUGAGCUUCUUGGAGGUGCCAGAGCCUGACUGGUCAGAAGCCGAGAGCUCCAAGGUGGCGGAGAUCAAGGAGCUGCAAUUCCAGCUGGAUGACACCCUCAAGAGCGAGAUUAAGCGCGUUCAGAAGGAUAUAGAUGACAGGGGCAUUGAUGUUACAACCACUUUUACUGUAUUUGAUGACUACGGUAAAGACUUUAUGAAAACCCACAGACUGCAUCCAGAUUCUUUUGUGCAGGUUGUUAUGCAGUGGGCCUACUAUCAGAUGCAUAAAGAAAUUGCUCCCACCUAUGAGACUGCGUUGAUGCGACAGUAUUACAACGGGAGAACGGAGACUCUGCGAUCCUGUACUGGUGCUGUGGCGGAGUUUCUAAGGGCAUCCUCUAACAAGCAAGUUGGCGAUAUGUCACUGGCCAGGGCUUUUCGCAAGGCCGUCGAUGAGCAUAAGCAUUUCAUGAACGAGGCGCGCAAGGGACAUGGCAUCGAUAGACACUUGUUUGGCUUGUGGUGCGCAGCAUACGAAAACAAAAUGGACAUUCCUGCCUUCUACGAUGAUCCCUUGUACACCAAGAGCGGCGGCGGUGGCAACUUUGUACUUUCUUCUAGCACUCUAGGCUUUACAGCCAACGUCGGCUUUGUGGCGCCUAUGCUUGUUGAUGGCUACGGCGUAUUUUACUCCAUCACCUCUGAAGCUGUGUUCAUCCAUACCACCGCUUACCGGGAUAGCCUCAAGACGAGCGCCCGCAAGUUCAACGACAUAUUCAAGGGCUCGUUCCGCCGCAUUAGUGUUUUGCUGGAACAGCUGGCCAAGGAGUCCAAGCUGUAAACAACUUGCCUAGUAUUAAGAAACGGAUACAAUCUUGAUUCAUGUCACGAAAGCUGAUAUCCUGUUCUCGUUUCCGAUUCCGAUCAAAAAAUGCAUUUACUUCUACCCAUUUUGUACUAAUGACAACUGUGUUUGUAGUUUAACAAGCGAUACACAACAUUACCUAUUUGUUUUGCAAAUAUUUUUAACGUGAUCUUAAAGAUCUACCUUUCCAAAACCCACCUCAGAUCGGAAUCAAAUGGAGAACUCGGAUUUUAAAUCUAGUUUAUAAGUUAAAUUCUGUCAUCACAGUGGGUGUGCAGCAUUCCAAAGUGUUUGUAGCUUCGUGUUAAACGUUUAUUUAAAUUCAAUGAUCAAUUAGUUUACGCAAAUACAUUUCUCUCGGUAA